UACACUUGUGACAGUAUGUGCAGCGCGUUUCAGUCGCUCUUAAUCGCUCGGUGAUAACACUUCAAUACUUGUUCAUUGUGCGUCACGAACAGCGCGUAACGUUCAGGUGAAAACCUUUUCUCCGUAAUUUCCCACCUUCCGACGUCGCGGCCUCUUCAAACUAAUCUUCAAUGGCACCAGUAUUGUCACUUUCCUAAUAAGCUCAGUGAACGACAUCACCGUGACGUCGCCCGUCGCAAAUACAUUAGUGGAGGCACGGAUGGUCUUCUUUUUCCAUGAGUAUCAUUUAACCCACUCCACCGUCAGCUCCAAUUCAAUUCUUAUAAUCGAUUUUCUUUUUAUUUUUUAAAUAAAUCCGCCGAGGAUACGACGGUAUUUUGAUCACGUCUGUCGAAAGCAAGGCGAACUUCGUAAGACGAGUGACGCGAAGGAGGAAGCCUCAGCGAAUCAUGAUCUUAACGAAAUCAUAUUAAUUGGCUUGGGUAAGGUACAGUUUGACGGGCAUCCGAAUCUGAUGCUAGUGACCAACCAUCGCGAAAGUAAAUGGGUUUCGCUUCCAGUAAACACGAUUCUCCUCCGCCAACUACUUUCGAGCAUCCUGUUCGCCCGUGUCACGCGGCACACGAUCACACGCAGAUCACCGUUUUGGAGAAACGGAAGAUUCAGUCUCAGCCAGGGUAAUAGAUGCUGGCACUAAUGAGCACUGCGAAGCCCGCUUUUCUGGAGAUCGACAAUGAUAAGUUCAAGACCAUAAUGAAAAUAUCAAACGAGGAUGGGAUCGAGCAAAGGAAGGAUCGAUCCGAGAAGGACGAAGACGCUUCGAAGACGCUGCAACUCCUUCGUAUAAAAGGAUUCCCGCGAUUGUUACCCGAAGGGAUUCAGGCGUUGGUUAAUUAUUGCCGAUACCUGCGAGAAUUGUGUCUGUCCUAUUCGUUGCUCAGCGACGAAUUGUUAUUAGCACUGGGCUCCGAGAAGCAAAUGCAAUUGGAAACCUUACGACUGGAAGUGCAUCAAGAGAUAAAGCCGCUUCCGCGUGUCAGCGACACAGCUUGGUGUACGUUUUCGAGCCACCUGCCGAACAUAAACCUUGUGCUAUCGACGUACAUGACGAACGAAGACGAUCAAAGUCAGCUUCUUGCUCCCUAUGUUCCUAUAACACACUUGUACUUUGGGGAGGCACCGUCCGAAGCAACAUUGUUACGCAUUGCUGGCGUGUGUUCUCGAUUAGUCGAGAUAGUUAUCGCUGCUUAUGGACCAGACACGCUUGACCGGGCACUAUUGUCUAUUGCCGAAGGAUGUCCACGCCUAAACGCCGUCGGUUUGGGCGAUUGUGAGAUCACUUGCUCAGGACUAUUGGAGUUCGUGACGGUUUGCGCGAAACGACUGCGGAUAUUAUACGUUUGGGAGACGUCGCUGAUAGAAGACUCGGAGGUCGACGUGAUGAAAUUAUCGAAAAAAAUAUCAGUGCUCCUCGGUCGUACGUGGGUACCUGAAUACAUACCGUUGUGCUGAAAGUUUUUAGUAGUAAUCAAAUCAAUUUGAACGAUACACCAAUGGCUGACAAUAGUGUGCGCAUACGACGGAAAUGUGCAUAAGUGAUAAUUAGACUGUACGGAUAUCUAUUUUCUAUUUUUUACAUGAAUCAAUUAUCCGGGAGAUAUAAAAAACGAUGGUUUCGAUCCGUAGAAUAGAAAUUUGCAUAUGCGUUGUAAGUUCUGUAAUAUUAGUAUUUAUAAAACCAUUGUUUCGAGAAAAAAAAA